CCACCGCAAUCAGGCUGUCUGGAUGUUUUUUCUGUCUUCUUCUUUCGCUGUCAUCUUUCUUCUUGUUCGCUUGGGACUCAUUCAUCUGCAUCUCGCCGUUUUCUUUUUGAUAUGACCCCGUUGUUCGCCUGCCAGAUCAUUCUCUCUUCUCCUUUGUGUUCAAACUCUUGGUCAGUUUCUACUCACUCCGUGAUCCUCAAAAUUGCAUCUCCUUUUGCCUGUAUGUAUGUAUGACUGUCGCUCUGCAGCAAAAGUGGGAGGGAGAAUGGAGAGAGAAUAUCGAGAGAAAAAAAGUCGUGGUGGGGGUAUACUGUACUGUUUCUGGCAAUUCUGCCCAAAAUUUGGAUCGGGUUGCAACUAUCUAUAUACUUCGCCGACCGGGUUUGUUUUGCGAUGCAAGCUGGAUAUAUGUGGCACAUUGCUAAUGCCCUGUCCCAUGGCCAUUCUCUCUAUCCUCUGUCAUUCUUCUUCUCUUGCCUUUUUUUUUUCUUUUCAAUAUCUCUAUCCAGGUCCUGUAUAUAUAGCAUCCACGGAGUUGAGUAUUUAAAAUUCAAUCACAUCUUGUGAACUCAUUUGGAC